CCGCCGCCCGCACCGGGCCAGCCAGCGGGCCCGGCGGCGGCGGCAGCGGCGGCGGUAUAGGUCUGUGGUGCCUCCUUCCGGUCUCGGUGGCGCGGCACGCGCGGCUCUCUAGGCCUCCUUCAGCUCUGUGGUGACGGUGGCCGAGGUGGAGGGCUGGUCUGAAGAGUGGCGGGACCGGCUUCACUUCCUCCGCGAUUCCUAGGAGCCGCUUCGCUCUUCCUCAGGAACUUGCUGGGAAGGGCUCUCGGGCGUCCAGACCCCACCGCAAAGGUGUUUGGCGAUCCGCUGAGCAGGUAUUGGCCCCAGGAGCAUCCCUCGGGGCCGAAUGCGCAGUGGACGAUGCCCCUUCUGACCCAACAGAUCCAAGACGAGGAGGAUGAUCAGUACAGCCUUGUGGCCAGCCUUGACAACGUUAGGAAUCUCUCCACUAUCUUGAAAGCUAUUCAUUUCCGAGAACAUGCCACGUGUUUCGCAACUAAAAAUGGUAUCAAAGUAACAGUGGAAAAUGCAAAGUGUGUGCAAGCAAAUGCUUUUAUUCAGGCUGGAAUAUUUCAGGAGUUUAAAGUUCAGGAAGAGUCUGUUACUUUUCGAAUUAAUUUAACUGUCCUUUUAGACUGUUUAUCUAUUUUUGGAUCAAGUCCUAUGCCAGGGACUUUAACUGCACUUCGGAUGUGUUACCAAGGUUAUGGUUACCCUUUGAUGCUGUUCCUGGAAGAAGGAGGAGUGGUGACAGUCUGCAAAAUCAAUACACAGGAACCUGAGGAGACCCUGGACUUUGAUUUCUGCAGCACCAAUGUUAUUAAUAAAAUUAUUCUGCAGUCAGAGGGGCUCCGUGAAGCAUUUUCUGAAUUGGAUAUGACAAGUGAAGUCCUACAAAUUACCAUGUCUCCUGACAAGCCUUAUUUCAGGUUAUCUACUUUUGGAAAUGCAGGAAGUUCCCACCUUGACUAUCCCAAAGAUUCUGAUUUGAUGGAAGCAUUUCAUUGUAAUCAGACCCAAGUCAACAGAUACAAGAUUUCCUUACUGAAACCCUCUACAAAGGCAUUAGUCCUAUCGUGUAAGGUAUCUAUUCGGACAGAUAACAGAGGUUUCCUUUCAUUACAGUAUAUGAUUAGAAAUGAAGAUGGACAAAUAUGUUUUGUGGAAUAUUACUGCUGCCCUGAUGAAGAAGUUCCUGAAUCUGAGUCUUGAGUAUGACAAUUCACUGAUAUCUAUGUGUACAUUUAUGAUAGAUGAAGUUCUUAUUCUGAGUACAGUACUCUUUGUAAUUUCAUAUUGGAUUUUCUAUAGAGAAGCAGCACAAUGGGGAAGAUAGGAGUAAGGUCGUUUACCCUAAUAGUUACUGUUUUGUAAAUACAUUUUGUAGAGGGUAUGUAAAUAAAUGUUUUCAUGUAGUCAUAGAUUAUUCAGGACUGUCCUUUAGUUCUGUCUUUUGAACUCAUGGGAAUAAUUGUGAGCCAACAUAACAUUUCAAGAGUCUAAAGGUGGCCGGGCUUGGUGGCUCAAGCCUUUAAUCCCAGCACUUUGGGAGGCCGAGGUGGGCGGAUCACCUGAGGUCAGGAGUUCAAGACCAGCCUGACCAACAUGGAGAAACCCCAUCUCUACUAAAAAUACAAAAAAUUAGCCGGACGUGGUGGCACAUGCGUGUAAUCCCAGCUAUUCGGGAGGCUGAGGCAGGAGAAUUGCUUGAACCCGGGAGGCGGAGGUUGUGGUGAGCUGAGAUGAUGCCAUUGCACUCCAGCCUGGGCAACAAGAUUAAAACUCUGCCUCAAAAAAAAAAAAAAAAAAAAAAAAAAGAAUCUAAAGGCUUAAAGUUUGAUGCAGCUACCUGAAAUGUUCUUUUGUUUAUUUACUAUUAGAAAAAGCAAAGGCAUAUGGGCAUUGUGAGACUAGAUCUUAAAGUAGUGGUUCUCAAAGUGUUGUGCCCACACCAACAUCAGAAUGGCCUGAAAACUUGUAGCAAACUCCGGGAAGGAGGCCAGCAUUCUGUAUUUUAACAAGCUUCACUCGGGAGAUUCUGAUGCCUGCUAAAUUUUGGGAACCACUGUUUUAAAGGAAACUUUUUUUUUCUUUAAUAGCAUUUAAUUGUAUUGAGAUGAUUGCUUUUACAUGUGAUUUCCUUGCAAAUGUUCUGAAGUUGAGGCAUCACCAAACAAGUCUGAACAAUUCUUUAUGUGAUUUAUUUUUAAAGUAAACCUUUUGAAGAGAUCUAUGAAUGGGAUAUAAAGCAAUUUUCAGUGUUACAGGUUUUCUUCUUCUUCUCAAAACUGUUCACUGUAGUAAGUAACUGCAAUCAGUACUUAUUACUUUCCAUUUGCUUAUUAGUUUCUUGACAAAUCAAAGUGUAGAAAACCAGUUAUUAAGUGAUUUUGUACUUUCCUAGUAGUUGUCACUAAAAUAAUUUUUGUGGCAUAUAAAUAUAUUUAAUAAAAUACAAUACUAAAAUUAUCUGACUUACUGUCUAGUAGAAAAAAUUACAUGAGUAAAGUGAAGCUUUUGUCUUUGUUACUGUACCAGGUGACAACAGCUCAGUGUCCCUCCACAGACAGUCACUAUUGGCCUUUUCAGUGAGACGGUUCUUUAGGAUAAAAAACUGUCAUCCCAUUACAGGAUUCAUUUAGCCUUUCUGGCCCUCACCCACUGAUGCUAGUCAUUGUGACCACCACCUCCCCCAAAUAAAAGUGUGCCAAACUAUUCAUUGUUGAGAACCACUCAAUUGUAUUCACCAAAAUUGGAGGAUAUAUUGGAAUGCCCUACCUUAAUAUAGGUCACAUAGAGUUAGAGAAAAUUGGUUUGGAGAGUAUUACAGCAAAGUGUGCUGCAAGGAGGCUACUCCAGCACAAUGGCAGGCACUGCUUCCCAGGCAUAUGGACAGUUCUGGGAGGUGGCCAGGGUCAGUACCUGAUAACUAGUAAGUGUCUCAAUCUCAGCAUGCCUAGCGACUACAAAAGAAGUUGGAAUUUUCUAAAGUGUAUAUAUUCAAGAAGGAAACAAAUGACUUUACUAAA